AUACAACCGGCUACAUCACAUUUGCAUCAGACUGUAAAGGUGACAAAACUGUGCAUGUCCACCAUCGAAAUAGUAUAAAGCAAUUCUGAAAAAGAAAAGAAAAAAAAAAACCUUAGCUUAUUUUCACAUCUUCGUUCGUUAAAAGGAAGCCAAUACUGUGAAAAUGAAAAGAUAAAUAUUUCAGCCAUCCAUACUUUCCUCUAUUCACAAAGUCCAUAUUUUUUUAGCCACCUUUGCCCUUUUGACCCUAACCUGCCCCUGCUGAAAAGGGUCACCUUGAAUCUCUCCCACCCCAUUGCCAAAAAGACAUUUUCAAAUGCCCAAAAACAGCAAAGCCGUCAAGAGAGAAAUUGACGAUGACGAUGUUAUGGAAUCUGCCAAAGAUUUACUCUCCAAUGAAGAUACAUGUGAGGACUCUUUCAAGAAGAGUUCUCUGAUGGUGGGAGAUGUUCCUCAGAAUAAGGAGCGGGAUGCUGAGGAGGGCUCAGAGGAGGAGGAGAGGCCUGCCUGGGGAAGCAAGCUCCAGUACAUCCUCGCCCAAGUGGGUUUCUCAGUGGGCUUGGGCAACGUCUGGAGGUUCCCUUAUUUGUGCCAGAAAAACGGUGGCGGAGCAUACCUGGUUCCCUACUUCAUUCUGCUGGUGGUGAUAGGGAUUCCCCUCUUUUUCCUGGAACUAGCCGUGGGCCAGCUCAUCCGUCGGGGCAGCAUUGGGGUGUGGAACUACAUCAGCCCACGUCUGGGUGGUAUUGGCUUUGCCAGCUGUUUGGUGUGCUUUUUUGUGGCCCUCUAUUAUAACGUCAUCAUUGGCUGGAGUCUCUUCUACUUCUCGCAGUCUUUUCAGCAGCCUCUUCCUUGGCACGAGUGUCCCUUGGUCAAAAACAAAACUACAACAUAUGUUGAGCCGGAGUGUGAGAAAAGUUCUGCCACUACGUUCUACUGGUAUCGUGUGGCCCUUGACAUCUCCGACUCCAUCGCUGAGAGCAGAGGACUCAACUGGAAGAUGACUUUGUGUCUACUGAUUGCUUGGGCUAUGGUGUGCCUUGCUAUGAUUAAGGGCAUCCAAUCUUCUGGAAAGGUGAUGUACUUCAGCUCUCUCUUCCCCUAUGUUGUGCUUAUUUGCUUCCUGGUUCGUGCUCUCCUUCUCAAGGGUUCUGUGGAUGGCAUUGUCCACAUGUUCACCCCAAAGCUGGAAAUCAUGCUGGAGCCCAAAGUGUGGCGUGAAGCUGCCACACAGGUAUUUUUUGCCCUCGGUCUUGGUUUUGGUGGUGUGAUCGCCUUCUCCAGCUACAACAAGCGAGACAACAACUGCCACUUUGAUGCUGUGCUGGUCUCCUUCAUUAAUUUCUUUACCUCAGUGCUGGCCACUCUGGUCGUCUUUGCUGUACUAGGCUUUAAAGCCAACAUCAUGAUCGACAAGUGUGUGGAAAUGAACACAAAGAAGAUUAUUGAUUUCCUUGGCAAAGAGAUCAAUCCCAGUUUGAUCCCACACCACAUUAACUUCAGUCAUGUUAGUCCUGAGGACUACCAGCAAAUGACCAACAUUAUCCGAGGUGUGGUGGAGGAUGAUUACCCACGCCUAGGCUUAGACAACUGCAACAUUAAAGAGGAGCUGAACAAGGCAGUGCAGGGCACAGGUUUAGCCUUCAUCGCCUUCACUGAAGCUAUGACCCAUUUCCCUGCCUCACCUUUUUGGUCCGUCAUGUUCUUCCUCAUGUUGGUCAACCUGGGGCUAGGCAGCAUGUUCGGUACUAUCCAAGGCAUCCUUACGCCCAUCGUCGACACCUUCAAAGUGUGCAAGGAAUACCUCACAGUUGGUUGCUGUGUACUUGCCUUCAGUAUUGGUUUACUGUUUGUCCAACGAUCUGGGAACUACUUUGUGGCCAUGUUUGAUGACUAUUCUGCCACUCUGCCUCUCCUCAUCGUGGUUCUUCUGGAGAACAUUGCUGUGGCCUGGGUCUAUGGCACUGAGAAGUUCUUUGAGGAUUUAAAGGACAUGCUGGGUUUCACUCCAUACCGCUUCUAUUUCUACAUGUGGAAGUUUGUGACACCAGUGCUGCUUCUGGGCCUUCUGGUCGCAAGUAUCAUUCAGCUGGUACUGUCACCACCUAGCUACAGUGCAUGGAACCAGCACCUGGCUCAAGAACAAUCUCUCAGCUACCCACCCUGGGGCCUAGCGGUGUGCAUCUCCCUGGUAGCCAUAGCCAUUCUUCCUGUGCCUGUGGUCUUCAUUCUGCGCUGUCUGAACAUAAUCGAUGAGAAUACAGGCGGCCUGUCCACAAUCUCCUAUAAGAAGGGUCGCAUUAUUAAAGAGACCACUAGAAGGACCAGAGAAGAGGAUGAAGACGACGAUGCCAGUCUUCUCCAGGCAAAGACACCUAUUGAAGCCCCUUCGCCCAUGCCGGCCAACUACCGCAAGCAGAACGGCCCUCCAUUGGGCAAAGACAUCACGCUCAAUGGUAGCUGUGGCAUUGGAUAUGUAAUGCCGAAUAUUGCAGACAUUCCAGAUAUGCCUGAAUCUGAUUUGUGAGGACCUAUCCACUUUCAUGUAUACUGUGAGGACCGGUUUCAUUUCAUGUGUUCUGUUAAGGAAAAAAUCCCUAUGUUCAUUUUCAUCAUUUCAUCCCCUCUGCUAUACUGGGCAAAUUCCUUUUAAGGGCACUGCGGAAAAGGAGGCACUACUCGUUGGGUCACUCCACAUAAACGUGAGCUACUGUAUGAAAAACGUUAGUGAAGUGCACAUGCAAUGGUCACUUCAAGGUGAUUCUGGGUGAUGAGUCCUUGCCAUUCAUUUAAAAAAAUUUAGGGGUUAAGGCUAUUAAAAAUAGAUUAUGUAAGGUUCUACCUUGGAUUUUGUUGGAGUUUUCAAACCUGGCUCAUCUGGAGCAUUUGUAUUGGAACCUGGUGCGUUUUCUCCAUUAGUUUGGUUUAUUUAGGCAUGUAUGAACACUGCAAUCGCACUCGGCUCCACAAACCUGGACCGAUUACAAAUUAACCCUGAAGUGGUUUGCUUGUGGUAAGAAAGCAAUCCGAACUCAACAAACCAACGAACCAAACAAUAUCCCUAUAUAAACUAUGAACAUACCUGAUGGAUCUUAGGAGUCUAUAUCUUUAGGUCAGCACGUCACUGUAAUUCAUCAAAAAAGUGGAUUGAGCAUUUUGGCGAUUAUAUUAGAUAUAAUUGCAAGUUUAAAAUAUGAGAUGUUGUAUAAUUAAGGUCAUUUUAGUACGAUUAGUUCUCUCUUCUGGAUAGUGGGCAGCAGAACACAAGACGGCAUUAGCAACUUUUUGACAGAUAAAAAUUAAUUUUGUGUGUGUGUGCGCGCAUGUGUGCGUGUGUAUACUACAUUGUGGGGGCCAAAUGUCCCCACAAGGAAGGUGAUCUCAGGUUUUACUAUCAUUACGGGACAUUUGGUCCCCACAAUGUAGUAUAAACAUUUAUAUACACACACACACACAUAGCAUGGUUUUUAUCUGUCAAAAAGUUGGCCCAGCCAGAAGUCCCCACAAGGGAAAUGGCUUAGUAAACAUACUAAACAAUGUUUUUUUGAAAAUGUAAAAAUGCAAAAAGGUUUCUGUGAGGGUUAAGUUUAGGGGGAGGAUUAUGGUUGGGGGUUAGAAAUGAUCGUUAGAUCUAUAACAAAUCCAUAAAAUGCAUGGAAGUCUAUGGAGAGUCCCCACAAUGAUAAAAAAACAAAAAACAAGUUUGUGUGUGUGUGGAAGGGGGGGCUCUGCUACCAUGAGAAAAGGCACUAAAAUGCAAAUGCAAAAGCAACUAAAAAUGGAUAAAAAAAAAAUAAAAAAACAUGCCAUAAAUUUUACAACUCAUAUCCAUCCGAGUGACGGAAAAUGUUUAAUUGCCGUUCAACCUCUGACUGGAUCGCGCAUUCUGUACCAUACUGUGACAUUUUGCAUAACUGCGACAUUAGCAAUACUUUUUGUAAUGGUUAACACAUUUUUACAGGUAUAUAAUUUUAACUGGUAUAUCAAUGGAUGAGCUAAAUCCCAGAACAGCUUAGAAACAUUGUAUCCAGUGAGGGGAUAGCACGUCCACUUAUUUUUAUUAACAGUUUUGAUCCGUUUUGAAAUAUUGCCUACUGAUAGUGAUAGUGAUGCCCACUUUCAAAUGGAAUUUGCCCAUCUGCUGCAUCCAGCAGGGUCCCACCAAACAACAUGUCAGUCAUCUCCUUUACCAGUCGUAAUCAGUCUACCUCUCUCGUCUGUCCAAUAACCUCACUCGCCUAUAUUUAACCUUCCUUUCGAAUAGGCAUCUUACAAUUCUCUUCCUCCUACACUGGUCCAGAUAAAGGUCUGAACAUUUCAAAUUGUAUUAUAUGUCUGUAGCAAGCACUGAUUCACCCCUGAUUCCCCUACCACCCCGAACCCAUUGCCCCAACAGUUCAACGCACUUACCCGCCUAUGUUCAUCUGUAGGGCCUUUAGACCCCUGAUUUAUGCUCUAAUGUAGAAUGGCUUGGCCUAUUUGUACAAAAAUGUUUAUGUUGCAAGUCAGGGCAGUUACUGUCCUCCCAAAAUGAGAUAAGAAGUAGUUUAGCAGCUUUGGAAAAGUCUAGAAUGUAUGCGUAAAAUGUGAAAAACAUGCAAUAUUUGAUUUUUUUUUUUUUUAUGUAAUCAUUGUGCAUCAGUGUUUGGAUUGCAUUUAAAACAACCCUAACUCUUCAUUCUACAACUGUGUGCCUAACUAAUUCUAAAAUGUUAAUAGAAUACAAGGUGAAUGUUGUGCAUUUAAGGUAUUCUGUAAAUAUUUGAAUAAAUUAUCAGAAUAUAGUUUGGAUAACUGAUCAUGUUGAUUUUGGUAAGUGCUUAAUCCAGAACGCUGUUUUGUUUGUAUGUUUGAGAUGUGCUAUCAAUGUAAAGUGCUGUAUACUCUGCCCACUUCCUGUAAAUAUUUUUUCAUAAAUUUGCUCAACGCAGUAUUUACUUUCUCAGUAUUGAGAUUAAAAGUAAGGAU